AAGAAACGGACGGGCGGACACAACACACACACCGGGACGAGUCGCGGUGGGAGACUCUACACGCCGCCGUCCGCCCGGGUAGCUGCCAGUAGUCUGACACCGACCGCAGGCGCAGCCCCGCGGAGCCCACCGACACGGUCAGCCCGUCCGCGCCCCUAGCGGCUGUCCCCGUCGCCGUACUCUACCUCCUCCUCCAGUACACCGUCCGACCGCAACCGGGCGACACCUGCGCCGCCAUGGAGAGCUUCAUCCAGUACGACGCCAGCUGCGACUUCCCGAUCCAGAACUUGCCGUACGGCGUGUUCUCCACGCCCGGUGAUGUGACUCCCCGGAUCGGCGUGGCGAUUGGCGACCAGAUCCUGGACCUGAAGGCCGUCCGCCAUCUGUUCACCGGCCCGCUCAUGAAGGGCCGGCAGGAGGUGUUCGCCGAGUCGACGCUGAACGCGUUCAUGUCCCUUGGCCGGCCCUACUGGCUGGAGACCCGCAGCACGCUGCAGAAGAUUCUCAGCAAGGAUGACACUGCACUCCAAGGCAACGCUGAGCUCAGAGCUAGGGCCCUGGUGCCCCAAGGGCAGGCUACGAUGCACCUCCCCGCACACAUUGGCGACUACACUGAUUUUUACUCGUCGAUAUACCAUGCGACCAACGUGGGCAUCAUGUUCAGGAGCAAGGAGAAGGCGUUGAUGCCGAACUGGAAGCACCUUCCGGUCGGGUACCAUGGGCGCGCGUCAUCCGUCGUGGUGUCCGGCACCCCAAUCCGGAGGCCCAAGGGUCAGACACAGCCCGUGGAGGAGGCGGACCCGGUGUUCGGGCCAUGUCGUCUCAUGGACUUCGAGCUAGAAGUGGCCAUUUUUGUCGGGGGCCCCCCGACACAACUGGGCUCGACCGUCCCAGCGAGCAAGGCUCACGAGCACAUCUUCGGGAUGGUCCUCAUGAACGACUGGAGCGCUCGUGAUAUUCAAAAAUGGGAGUACGUACCCCUUGGACCAUUCGGUGCCAAGAACUUAGGCACUACCAUUUCUCCAUGGGUGGUAACUAUGGAAGCCCUUAUGCCGUUCGCUGUUGAUAAUUUCCCACAGGAUCCCAAACCAUUUCCUUACUUGCAACAUGAUGAUAAAUAUAAUUUCGAUAUUAACUUAAUCGUGGACAUUAAGCCUGAAAAUGGACUGCCAACAACUGUGAGUCGCUCAAAUUACAAAUAUAUGUACUGGACACCUAAGCAACAGCUUGCACAUCAUACAGUCACAGGCUGCAACAUCAACCCUGGUGACCUGAUGGCAUCUGGAACCAUAAGUGGAAUGGCAUCAGACUCUUUUGGAUCAAUGCUGGAACUCAGCUGGAAGGGAACAAAACCAAUUCGUCUAGGAGAUGGCAGUACUCGCAAGUUCUUGCAGGACAAUGAUGAAGUUAUUUUAAGAGGAUUCUGUGAAGGAGAUUCAUUCCGAGUAGGAUUUGGUGAAUGUAAAGGUAAACUUUUACCAACACUGGAUGCAUAACUUUUCUUUCUUUCUGUGUGAUAAAGAAAUUAUAUACAUAGUAGCAUCAUGAGUAACCAUGAAACAAAGAUUCAUUUGUCUUACACUGUAUUUCAAACAAUUGCCACACAUAAAUGAGUAACAAUGAACAAGAUCGAAUUAUAAAGCAUGAGCAAAGACAAA